AGCAUGAGUAUAUAAGAAAAAGGAAACGCUUCUGAAGACACUUACCAGUGUGUGGUUUUUAAAAAUAUUGGAGAAAUAUUUUUAUAGUUUACUCUGACCUCAACAUGGCUUCCAGGAAGAUUAAUAUUCUUGAGCAAUCUACCAGAGAACAUUCAUUGCCGUCUACUGUAAAUCGUGCUUCUGUCAGAGUGAACGCAGCAACCAGAUGCUCUACGCCAACUCAAGAUCGUAAUCUUGAUGCUUCGUCGAAGCUUCUUAUUCGCUCGUAUCCCGAGUAUUCUGCCAUAGGAGUGACUGUUCCAGCCAAUGGCCAGUCACUUGAUCCUGAGGAAACUGAACAGUCAGUGGAUGAAGUUGCCAGCACUGGCUGCGGUGCUUUCUGGAAAUGGUACACGAAAACAGCCAUCAGCUUCAGAAAUUCCAGCUACAUCCAUAUUCUUCAAUUUGUGUUCUCCUACAUGCCAGUGUCUGCAAUAAUAAUGGGACUGAUAUUCAAUAAUGAAUGUCCUCAAGUUUCGUUUUUGCCAUUACUCGUAACAGUACUGGGUAUUGUUGGUAUUGUAUGUAUCGGCCUGUGGAUCGCUCAUAGCUAUUGUGAACACUGCGGGACCGCUUGUUCCACUUUCCUGAAGUGCUCGAUUAGCGUAUCAUUCGUGCUACUCGUGUCUAUGGUGGCUAUGGAAACGUACAUCAUCGGCUGCAUUUCGCCGAGCUUUGAUACAUCUGCUCAAGAAUAUUGCAGCAAGACGUUUUACUUCUACGUCAUCUACAAGGAAGUUGUUUCUGCGGGAGCUCUGAUCUUGGUGGCACUGCUCUACUUCCCUGGAAGCGGCCUCCACACUUGCUGCCGAGACUGCUCGGCCCCUUCUCCAGCCAGCGCAUUCUUCCCCGGGCCUUAAUUGAUAGGAAGACCUUGCUCUUCCACGCAUUUUAACUGUUUUUAUCGAUUAUUGCUUGCAUUGACGAUUCGCCAUUUCGGCGACUACAAUAAAAUUGUUUUCAACUUACUGGA